AUGAUCGUUAUCGACAAGGCGGAACGGGACGAUGCCUUGCUGGCUAUGGUAUCGCCAUCAAGGAUCACUCCUCCACCACCACCACCACCACAAGAACAAAUAUGUUUCAGCUCUCAGCAAUCUUCGUGUCCCAGCAAAGUAAUCAUCCCGAUUAUGCACUGUACGGAUGAGCAGUACAUAACAUAUUUCAUCGAUGAAGUUUCGACCCUCCUUUUAAGAAAUAAGGAUUCCCGUUUCGCGAACCCUUACCGCAGUCACUUUCCCGACUUAGUAAUCUCUUCUCCACUGGUUGCUGGCGCCAUGAACGCCUUGGGAGCUUUACAUUUGGCAAACACCGCGGCCGUUAUGCAGCAAAACCAUCAUUUUCAGAGGGCUUUGAGCAAAUACAGCGAGGUUGUGCGUAUGUUACGGGCCCAUUUUUCUUCACCUAUGGCGCAUCUCGGGAUAAGCGAAUUUGCGACCUGUCUAUUGCUGUGUCUGUUCGAAAUGAUGGACUCGCAGCAUCAGAACUGGGCUUUACAUCUCAACGGUGCACACGAAAUCUACAAUCUUCUUUUCUCCCCACACACCGGCACUUUUGAACGUGAGGCUCAACGAGCUACCGAACUUAGACAUCCCCUGCGACCAUUUCUUGUGUCCUUAUUCUCAUAUCUUGAUGUUGCUGGUGCACGUACAAGACCCGGAGGUACCGUGGUGAAUGGCACUUAUUGGAAGGCUCUAAAAAGUGGAUGGGAGUACAACCUCGGCACUCCGAGCUUGGUGGGUAUCCGCGACGAUCCGGCUUUGCGGGAGCUUCGUGCAGCCUGGUCGAAUAUGAUGGAGGUUCAAGUUUCUAUCAGCAGGUUCGCUGACGACAAAAGGUGGAUGUCAUCAGAUGAACAAGACAUGAUUUUCAGGAAAAUUUUAAAUCGACUCAUCAUCUGGCGAGCCAGCGCCCCAUUGAUCCUGCAGAUUCUUGGAGAUAUGAAACCAGACGACGAACAUCUUGUCCAGUUCCCAUUCUCCGGUAUGUUGGAGUACGCUGGGCGCCUUGAAGCGUACGAAAAAGCGACAAUUGUCCACCUGCACCAAGUAAAUCGAGCUGGUCGGGUAAACUUCGGGUUUGGCCGGACUUGCUUAGAUAAGACAAUCACUCGUAUCUUGUCAUUAAUUCGCUUCCUGUCAAAAGAUACAGGCCAGUUAGAUGUCUUACGGCCACUCUUCAUUGCUGGCCAGGAAACCCGAAAAGAGGAUGAACAGAAGUACGUUCGUGAAACAAUGGAACAUCUCAAACGGUUCGGCUUCAGGAAUGUCGACAAAAGCCUUGAGCUGCUCGAGAACUUAUGGCUUAAAAGACGCAUGUAUCCAGAACGCUGGACAGAAACGGUAGACGAGCUCUAUUCGAAUAUUCUCUUGCCCUAG